AUGUUGGAACUAACAGUAACUAAUGUUCAGUCAGUAAAUCAUCAAGAAAAAGAAAUAGUUCAGACAAAUAAUUUGUUACGUUGGUGGAUGAGACAUUAUCAUCAUAUUGGAUUAGCUAGUUUGGCAGGUUCAGCUAUAUUAGUAUGUAUUAUUGCAAUCAUACUAUUGCCAAUUGCUGUUCAUAAUGCAACUAAAGAUGAUGAACAAUGUGUGACUGCAGUAACUACGACGAUGACAAUGUCAACAAUUUUGAUCGAUCCUCUCUGUGCAGCAUAUGCAACUUGGAAGAGUCAAGCUGUUACAAUUGCUGGAUCAUCUGAUGGUACAAGUUCACUUUCACGAUCACAUCUUAAGAGUCCGAACGAUAUGUUAAUAGAUGCUAAUGAUAACUUAUUCAUAGCGGAUUCUGGUAAUAAUCGUGUGGUCUAUUGGCCGAUCAAUGCGACAGAAGGACGUGUGGUUGCUGGACGAGGAGUUGUGGGGUCUUGGAGUAAUUCAUUUAAAUAUGCAGCUGCUAUUGUAGCUGGCAAAGAACAUUUGUAUGUUUCCGAUCUUGGCAAUUAUCGCAUACUUGCUUUUGCAUUAAGUACAACAGAAGGUUCACCCGAUGGUAUUACCAUUGUGGGUCACUAUGGUGCUGGAUCAGCAUUAAAUCAAAUUAAUUCUGUAUAUUAUAUGUCAGUAGAUAGAACGCGUGAAUUAUUUUAUUUGUCU